AUGCCGUCAUCCCUGAUCCUGCGAAUUACGGAUACCGUCUCUGGUCGAAACGCAGCCCUGCGGCUGGACGACCCGGCCGCCCGGUCAGCCCCGUUGGGCCGUCUGCUGGACCGCUACCUGAGGAACACGCCGAACGACGACCGACUGAUUCGGGCUCGCGCAAUUACAGCCGACGGCCUGCUUGCCCUGCGAAGCCUGCAGGAUUUGGUGUACCGUUCCGACGACUCCGGCCGGCUGACGGGCGUCUUCGCCGGUGUGCGGUUUCUCCAGCAAGGCCGGCCGGCCUGUCUGACCCUGCCGGUUUCAGUCCAGUCGGCAACGGCGGGCGACGUUCCACUGGAAUUGAUCGAUGUGGCGGUGGACCGCACCGACGCCGGUUACGAUCGCAACUGGACCGGCUUUCACCUGCGCCGUUGGCGCCACCACCCCCAUUGCUAUGAAACCUUCGUCCGAACCGCCGUGGCUGCGGCCUAUGGCCCCAGUGAGACCGAUCAGGUGUUGCGGGGGGAUACGCCGUGCCGGCAACGAAAGCUGAUCCGCGCGCUGGCGGCGCGCAUCUGGCGCAGCGAUUUCGAGAACUACUCACGUUUCGCAAGCGACGGUUUGCGGUUCAAGACCGGCGACGAGACGGUGCGCAACAUCGCCGCGGGAGCCGGCGGCAUCUGCACCGAGAAGGUACAGGCCCUGAAGUUUCUUACCGACCACUACGGGCUGGAGUCUGAAUACCUGCUGGGCGGUCCAAGCGCGCCUGGCCCACUUCCUGCUGACCGGCUGCGGGAAAUGCUGAACACCUUUGACUUCCGCUUCGCCCGGCGUCAUAUGCGCUACUGGCAGCACGCCGCCCUGCUGUAUUGGGUGGAUGGCGAACCCCUGUUGGUGGACGCCACCAACGGCAACAUCCCGUUCCUUUUUCUCAGGGGUGCCGCCGGCCGCCGGAUGUUGAGCAACGGCGCAGACGGAGACCGCCCGAGCGUGCGGGUUCGCAUGGUGGCGGAGACGGAGGACUACCACUAUCACCGGGUGGAUCAGGACGUUCCCCAAAACUUGUUCUUCGCCCUGGAGGGCUGGUUGGAUGACACCGACCUGGUGCAGGUCUUCGAGAACGAACUUGGUCUGUACCUUUCUGAUCAGCACUACGUGGUGCCGUUGCCCUACCGCAGCGAGUCGGAAUACCGGCGUCUGAAAGGGCAGUACGAGGGUCUAUGCCACCGCGCCGGAUUUCGGGCGGACUUGAGCCCUGAGUGGACCCUGGACGGACCGGUGGGUGGGGAAUUGGCCGCCGUCAAUCCGACCGCGGCGGCGGGGGUGUUGGCAGCCCAAGACCAACUGAUUGACCGUUACAACUGGUGGGACGGUCCCGACCACCGGGCCGGCCUGGCCGUAAUUGCGCUAAGACCGCCCUCCAAAGUCUCGGACAAAGGUCCAACGCUGUGA